UGUGAAUGGUUAUUACUUUCAUUUUGCUUUCCUUUGGUAUGUCAUAGGUCAUAUGGCGUCGUGUCGUACCAGCUAGGGUCGUUGUGCAGGGUGUGAGUAAGUUUAAAUAUGCAAGUGUUUACUUUUCAGAGUCUAGUGAGGGAGUUGCUGGAUUCAUUACUUGCGUGUUUGUGUUGAGUAGGUCUGGAUGCGUGAGUGGUACUUCUGUCAUGUGAGGGAGGUGCUGUUAUUACUGACGUGUUUGUGUUAAAAAGGUCUGGAUGCAUGAGUGGUAGUUGUCAUGUGGAGGAAGUACUAUUAUUACUGACGUGUUUGUUUAUUGUUGCAGAGGCAGUGAGUCGCCACCCUCGGUAUGAUCGGGUCCAAAGAUGGCGACCCUGACAAGACGACCCAGGUUUCGCCGUCUUCGCCCUCCAAACACCUGGGCAGGUCCUCCUCUGUACCCACGGAAAGGCCGCUCCUCACCAUUGCUUCGGCCGCCACCCAGGCCUCCCCCGACAUCCACAAGCUCUCCUCCAGCACCUCCUCCCUCCACUCCUCCCCAGUCCACCUUGUAAAGUCGGCAUCCACCUCCACCCUUACUCCUCCCGCCACCUCGCCCUCCAAGUCCUCCGCAAAGAGGCAGACGCUGCAGGCCAAGAGUGACUCCACCAUCGACAGCGUGAAGGAUGACGCCAACAAGCAAGGUACGUGUCGGUGUCCCUGUACCUCACGCGGAUGUUGGCGAGUCUCAGGUGAGUGUACAGGUGAUGUAGCGCCGCGGCAGGUGGACCAGACCCCUCGCUCGCCGCCCGUUCAGCCUCUCCACCUUCUAUUCACGGCCCACUAUUCACUUGCUCGGCCCUGGCGGAAUAUUCCAUUUAAUUUUCUCUGGGAUUUACGGCGGUGGUGAUGAUAGUGAUGGCGGUGGUGAUGACGGUGGUGGUGGUGAUGAAAGUGAUGGUGGUGAAGGUGGGUGUCAGGAUAUGGCUUCAUCUUUUAGAACAAACACGGCUGGAGUGUGUAAAAAUUCUCCCUUCCUUUAUUCCCUUCUUCCUUCAUUCUUUUCUUUGUUACAGUUACCUACUCUCUCUCUCUCUCUCUCUCUCUCUCUCUCUCUCUCUCUCUCUCUCUC